GGAGGUGAGGCUUUGCUGACCAUCUAUGGGACUUUGGGGCAACUCUUUAACUAGGUUCCUCAUCAUAAAAUGCAGACUUCGUUGGUUCUUUCCAGCUGUGACAUGAGACAAUCCAGGCAUCUCUAAGAGCUCUCCCUGCCCCAGAGUCGGGCGAACCCUCUCUGCAGGGGCCCAGCCCAUAUCCCGGGCUCCUCGGCAACCACCUUGACACUCUCCUGUCUCCCCAUCUCCACAGAGACCAUGACCAUGUUUGAAAAUGUCACCCGGGCCCUGGUCAGACAGCUAAACCCUCGAGGGGACCUGACACCUCUUGACAGCCUCAUCGACUUCAAGCGCUUCCAUCCCUUCUGCCUGGUGCUGAGGAAGAGGAAGAGCACGCUCUUCUGGGGGGCCCGGUACGUCCGCACCGACUACACACUGCUGGAUGUGCUUGAGCCGGGCAGCUCACCUUCAGAUCCAACAGAUGCUGGGAAUUUUGGCUUUAAGAACAUGCUGGAUACCCGAGUGGAGGGAGAUGUGGAUGUACCAAAGACGGUGAAGGUGAAGGGAACAGCAGGGCUCUCGCAGAACAGCACCCUGGAGGUCCAGACACUCAGUGUGGCUCCCAAGGCCCUGGAGACCUUGCAGGAGAGGAAGCUGGCAGCGGAUCACCCAUUCCUGAAGGAGAUGCAAGAUCAAGGGGAGAACCUAUAUGUGGUGAUGGAGGUGGUGGAGACGGUGCGGGAGGUCACACUGGAGCGAGCCGGCAAGGCAGAGGCCUGCUUCUCCCUCCCCUUCUUCGCCCCGCUGGGGCUACAGGGAUCCAUAAACCACAAGGAGGCUAUAGCCAUCCCCAAAGGCUGCGUCCUGGCCUUUCGAGUGAGACAGCUGAUGGUCAAAGGCAAAGAUGAGUGGGAUAUUCCACAUAUCUGCAAUGAUAACAUGCAAACCUUCCCUCCUGGAGUUAUCCAGGCAUCUGAUGUUGGUAAGGAACUUUGGGACGUACACGAAGGCUUCGGGACACUAAAAGAAGAAGUUCAGAGGGAGACCCAACAAGUGGAGAGGCUGAGCCAAGCAGGGCAAAGCUCCCUGCUCAGCUCCCUCAGCAAACUUCUAGGGAAGAAAAAGGAGCUUCAAGACCUUGAGCUCGCGCUUGAAGGGGCUCUAGACAAGGGACAUGAAGUGACCCUGGAGGCACUCCCAAAAGAUGUCCUGCUGUCAAAGGAGGCCGUGGGCGCCAUCCUCUAUUUCGUUGGAGCCCUAACAGAGCUAAGUGAAGUCCAACAGAAGCUGCUGGUGAAAUCCAUGGAGAAAAAGAUCCUACCCGUGCAGCUAAAGCUGGUGAGGGAAAAAGAGCAGAUGCUGGGGAGAGUCUGGGAGUAGCU